GUUGCAAGUUCGGUGACUUUUUUUGCCUCGGGUAGAGACUGGGAGGAUUUAUCAAUGGCGGGCCGUCGAGGGGCUUUGAUUGUCUUGGAGGGGGUUGACCGAGCAGGCAAAAGCACACAGAGCCGAAGGCUCGUGGAGGCCCUCUGGGCAGGAGGAUACCAGGCCGAACUUCUCCGGUUUCCCGAAAGGUCAACAGAAACUGGACAGCUAAUAAGUUCUUACUUGGAAAAGAAAAACAAUUUAGAGGACCACACAGUACAUCUACUGUUUUCUGCGAAUCGUUGGGAGCAAGUGCCAUCUAUUAAAGAAAAAUUAAGCCAAGGUGUCACUCUAAUAGUGGACAGAUAUGCCUUUUCUGGAGUAGCCUUCACGGGUGCAAAAGAAAACUUCUCUUUGGAAUGGUGCAAGCAACCAGAUGUGGGGCUUCCAAAGCCAGAUUUGAUCCUUUUUCUUCAAUUGAGCACGUCGGAAGCAGCUAAACGAGGAGAAUUUGGAAAUGAACGCUAUGAGAAUACAUCUUUUCAGGAGAAAGUUCUCCAGUGCUUUCACCAUCUUAUAAAAGAUAAAUCUUUAAACUGGAAGUUGAUUGAUGCUUCGAAGAGUGUAGAAGAUUUGCACAAAGAAAUUAAAUCCUUUGCAGAAGAAGCUAUGCAAGAAGCUCAGCACAAACCUCUAGGAGAACUAUGGAAAUGAAAUUUACGUAAAUCCUGAAAGUCAGGGCUUAUUUAAUCAAAUUCUGCACUAUUUGCAUUCACAUAUUCAGUGAACCUGUGUGUGUAUACCUAUAUUUGAGAGGCCAAGUAGGUUUCAUUUGCUAAUCUUUACUACUUAUCAGUUCCGUUCCUCUACAGACUGGAGUUUUAGAAAAGUGAAGCUUGUCCUUUCAUUAGAAAGCAAUUUUGCAGGGACUCAAAAGGAAUGAAUGGAGUAAUAUCUUCUAUGUUCCAUUUAGAUAAGACUUGCUAUGUUCAGUACUGAAGUUUUUCUAUAAAUAUAUGGAAUGAAAUCAUGUGUAUGAGUGCAUUAACUUUUUCUCACUAUAAUAAGGUUUUGUGUGUGUUUGUAAUAUUCCAUUGUAAUAUGUAGAGUAAGUCUAUAGAUAAAAUAUUUCAAAAUAUACAGUGGGCAUGCUUGGCUAAUGACAUUUAAUAAUUUAAGGUAUUAACUGUGUGUGUGUGUGUUUGUGUGUGUGUAGAUUCUAAAGGAAGUUUGAUGCCAGUGAUAUAACAGCUUAAAAUAGUGUUUGUAUGUAUAGAGGCUGGUAAUAAUCCUCCAAGCUGACACAGACUCUUCCAGACAUUGUAGAAAGACAACUAGGUUAGUCUUUGGAAGACAAAAAUCUGGUAGCAUCUUUUUAAAUUAACAUUUUAUUCUAUUGUGUAUUGAAUUAAACAAAAUAAUAAACUUUUUUGUCCCAAUUGAUAAAACUUGUCAGGAAUAUCUAUUGGAAGAGUUUGAAAUAGAUCAAUUUGAGGAAUGAUAUCUUCAUUGCUGAUAUAUGGCCUAAAAUCUGAAAAUAAUUUCUGUUCCACAUUUUUAUAUUCUUACUUUAUCCCAAGCAAAGCCAUAAUUAUUAUUGAAUAACUUAUUUAAAUUCUUUAAUAUGUUAAUAUUUAUGUUUUCUUAUAUUUUAUGUGAUUGAUUUUAUAUUCAAAUGAAAUUUCUAAAAUAGUGGAUACAAUUUUUUCUUACAAGGUGAAUAUGAAUGCUAUUCAUAUACUAUUAUAGAAUUUUAAAAAUUGUUAGACAAGCAAAUUCUUGAUUAUUUAUAAAAUUGGCAGGAAUAUGUUGCAUUACUGAGGAUUAAAAUAACUAGCAAUUUCAAUCAAUAAUUUUCUCCUUUAUUUCAAUUCUUUGAAUUUUAUUCACACAUGCAACCACUGACAUUUCAAUAAUUAAACACCGACUGAACAUAGAUUGAAGCAAUAGUAAUUUGUAAAUUAUCUAACUCUUUAAUAAACACAAAUUUUCAAAAAAAAAUCUUUAACACUGUCGUGUAAGUUUCUUGCAGCAUAACGGUUGAAGUGAGAUAACCUAAUUCCAGGAAGUCCUUGAG